UGACUUUUGGUUUGUUGAUUGUUCUCAACUCUUUGAAAAUUGGGAGGUUUAAAUUAGUUUCAACGUGGUUCAACACAAUUAAUAUGAGCAGCAAGGUGUCUACUGAUAAAUUAAACAAAUUCCUCAAUGCGUUGGACGCGGUCAAACAAGAUUGUACUUGCGGCGUUUGUUCGAAAUUAUGUGUUAAACCAGUAUGUCUAAGCGCUUGUUUUCAUUACAUAUGCGCGGAGCAUUUUGAAAACUUAAAACAAUGUCCCACAUGUAAUAUGCCUCUAGAAGGUUGUUCCGCAUAUCCUGGCAAUGAUUUAGCUAAUUGCAUAGAAUCUGCGAAAGAACUCGACGAGAUAUUCCAAAGUUGUAGGCCUCAAGAUUCAAAACAAGUUGUAUCCGUAAAAAAGCGCGGGAAAGUCACAGACGAGGUUCAAUCGGGUAAAGAAAAUAUGAAAGUACUGAAUAAAAACACUCCAGAUCGUGAGUUUAAAAAGCCGAAAAGUAAAUCUGAUUUGAACAUAUCAAUAUCGUCAACUGCAAGCUCGAAAAAAGGUAUCGAAAAGAAGAACACUAAAGGUGAAACGAGUCUUCACGUAGCAUGUAGACUGGGUAAAAUUGAUACAGUAUUGGACUUAUUAAAUCAAGGGGCCAAUUCUAACACUAAAGAUAAUGCUGGGUGGACACCGCUCCAUGAAGUAGUACAAAAUGGUAAAUUAGAAAUUGUUAAAGCACUCUUACAGUUCAACACGCUCAUUAAUGUACCAGGGCCAAGCAAUGAAACACCAUUGCAUGAAGCUGUGAGAUAUAAUCGUAAGGAUAUAGCUGCCGAACUUGUCAAACAUGGAGCGGAUAUGUACGCACGGAACUGCAAAGGUGAAACUCCAGUACAAUUGGCGUCAGAAGACAUGAAAGCCAUUUUGCUCGAUGCUGCUGAAAAUUUACUACAAACGCAAGGCUUCAAUGUAACUUUAAUAGCAAAUGCACAUUCGGAAUUAGAUUUCGAAGAUAUGAGAGUGUUCUGUGUGUCACAAUUCAGGACAGUGACUAGUAAGCUGAAAAUAUUAACGAAACAUCAUUCUAAUUUGCAUUUGGAGACGAAAUUCACAGCAAAAGUCACUCAUUUGAUUGUGGAUGUGGAUGACGAUGUAUGUCCAUCUAGUGUGGAUGUUUUGCAAGCCAUUGUAUACGGUGUAUGGGUGAUAUCUUCCAAAUGGGUUACGAAAUCAUCGGAACAAAUUCUCAAACCAUUCCAAGAUUACGAAGUGAAAGGCGUUGGAAGUAAACUGUAUAAUGGACCGAAAAAUUCUCGUUAUAACAAAUACAAGCAAUUGCCAAGCAUUUUCAACGGCUGCCACUUCUACUUACACAAUUUUAUUAGUAAGUACGAAAUAUCAAAAACGUUAGUACUAACGAAGGCGGUAUUAACAAAGCUAAUAAUAGACGCAGGUGGUAUAGUUCUACGGAGAGUGCCGAACCCAGAAUUGAUACCAGAAGCAGAGAAACUUGUUCCGUAUCAUGCUAAGAAAGGUGGGAAGCUGGAGAUAUGCUCUCACUAUAUUAUUUUUAAGGAUAUGUACGAACCAAUGUAUAAUAUGGCUCAUGUUAAAGCUUUGCCAGUUGGCUGGUUGAUAGAAUGUAUAGAGAAAUAUGAAUUAUGUGAACCAUAGCUUAAGUAAAAGAAGUUUAGAUUACACCGAUCAUCUAGUUUAAGAUGAAAUAUUUUGAUUUGUGCAGAUAUAUUAAGAUGUUUAUAUCCUGUGUACAUUUAUUAAAGGGAAACAGUUAUAUUGAAGCAAUUCCUUACGCAAUAAUCGAUCAAACUAUAUAUGGCACAAUCUCAAUCAAGAAGAUGACAAUGCACUGAAUUUUAAACUGGUUACUCACCUACCUGCAGCAGGGGCAAUAUUGGAAUUGCAUUAAUUGGCUCCUUAAUUGUGAUGUGUAUAGGCAAGCAGGGGCAAUUUAGAGAACAGCUUAUAUUGCUCCAACUGCUGUGCAACAGAGAUUGUUCCAAUGCCCCUGUGGUAGUUACGUGACUAGCCAGCCUUAAUUGAGUAUCACUGUGUAAAAUGAUGUUUUAUUGUUAUAAUAUUAUAUUGUCAUAUAAAAAAAAUGUGUGCCUGUACUAACUACUAGUGUACACACAUAAGAAGUGAAACUUCUU